AUGAGGUGGAAUUUGUCGGGGAUGAAUGUGAAGAGACGGUGGUUAAUAUUACCAACCACAGCUACUUCAACCUCGGCAACACCCCAACCAUCCAAGGCACAAAAGCCUAGCUCUUCAGACUGCUACCUCCCCGUCGACACCAAUGGCAUCCCACUAGACAAGAUAGACAAGUUCCCACGCAACGUGACCGCGCCCUUCAUCCUACACACCACCGAACCCCAGCUGGACGACGAAGCAGUCGUCGAGUCAGACCCGUCCCGGAUCCCGCUGGACACGCGCGCCCAGCCCCUGAAGCUGUUAGGACGGUUCGACAACCCGACCUCCCGGCUGCAUCUGGAGGUGCACAGCACAGAGCCCGAGUUCCAAUUCUACACGGGCGAGUACAUCGAUGUGCCGCAGGUCGAGGGCGCGCCGCCGCGUGGUCAAUGCGCUGGGUACUGCGUCAAACCGGGACGAUAUAUCAAUGCUGCCAACAAGCCUGCGUGGAGAUUCAUGUGUCUGCUCAAGAGGGGGGAGGUAUAUGGUUGUAAGAAUGUGUACAAGGCAUGGCAGGAGUAG